AUGUCUGCUUCCCCGACUCAUCCGACCAACCCGGCCAAGCGCCCUCUGGAGGAUGCCUCUUCGCCCUCCCGAUCCAACGAACAGCCCGAUGCCAAACGACCCGCUCUGGACAAGGUCAUCAACAACGAGCCCGAUGAGGAGCAGGCUAUCCAAGUACCCGAGAGCAAUGGCAAUGGCGUAGCGGCCACUGCCGAAGCCAACGGCGCGGUCAAGGCUGAAGUGACGAACGGUGAGAAGGCCGAAGUAAAGGAUGAGCAAGGCGAUACCGUCGUGCCUGAUGCCAACGACUCCAAGGCUGCCGCCUCCGCCGCUGCUGCUCCGCCUGCUCCCGUCACCGGAACUGUUGCCGUUCCCAACGCUACACCGAGCAACGUUGGAGAUGAGACCGCCUGGAUCCAUGUUCGUGCUGUGAUCUCAAGCCCAGAAGCCGCCACUAUCAUUGGCAAGGGUGGUGAGAAUGUAUCCAACAUCCGAAAGCAAUCGGGUGCCAAGUGCACCGUCAGUGACUACCAGAAAGGUGCUGUAGAGCGUAUCCUAACCGUCAGUGGCGUGGUUGAUGCUGUUGCUAAGGCAUUUGGUUUGAUUAUUCGCACCCUGAACAACGAGCCCUUGACCGAAUCCUCCAGCGCGCAGUCCAAGACUUAUCCCCUCCGUCUACUCAUUCCCCACGUUCUCAUAGGGUCCAUCAUCGGCAAGGGCGGUGUCCGGAUCCGUGAGAUUCAGGAUGCGUCGGGUGCGCGCCUCAAUGCUUCGGACUCUUGCCUGCCCCUUUCUAGUGAACGCUCACUUGUUGUUAUGGGUGUAGCUGAUGCCGUUCACAUUGCUACUUAUUACGUAGGCAGCACGCUUCUUGAGCAGCUCAACGAACGCUUCGGUGGCCCCGCUGCCUCGGCGUACGCGACCCGAAGUGGAGGACCGGCAGGUGUUGUCCCUGGCGGUAUGCAAGUCGUUCCCUACUCCCCUCAACCUGCCGGCGGCAACUUCGGCCAUCGUGAGAACUAUGGGAAACGACCGGACCCUCGAUCGCACCAAUACCCUCCGGCACCGUACCCGGCCCAGCCAUACAACCCCCACGCUGCCGCUCCCCAGCCCAACCCGAAUGUUCCGAUGCACUAUCCCCAGGCCGCUGCUUAUGGAGCAGCUCCUCACAUGCCGCCUCAUCAAGCUGGUCAUAUGGGCGGUUCCCAGCCUCACGGCGGUCCCCAUGCUCAACCCCCCAUGCAAGGAGGUGCAGCUGGAGCGCCGCUGACACAGCAGAUCUAUAUUCCCAACGACAUGGUUGGUGCAAUCAUCGGCAAGGGUGGACAGAAGAUCAACGAGAUCAGACAGAUCAGCGGGAGCGUCAUCAAGAUCAACGAGCCGCAAGACAAUAGCAAUGAGCGUCUCGUCACGAUCACAGGGACGGAGGAGUGCAACAGAAUGGCAUUGUACAUGCUUUAUUCUCGACUCGGUAAGCUCCAAUCCCAGCAGCCGGCUCGUGCCGGUUGGCAGUAA